AUGGGAAAAACGCAAAUAUGGGAAAAACGCAAAUAUGGGAAAAUCAAAAAUUGGGGAAAAACAAAAUUAUGGGAAAAACUCAAAUAUGGGAAAAACGCAAAUAUGGGAAAAACGCAAAUAUGGGAAAAACGCAAAUAUGGGAAAAACGCAAAUAUGGGAAAAACCAAAAUAUGGGAAAAACGCAAAUAUGGGAAAAACGCAAAUAUGGGAAAACCGCAAAUAUGGGAAAAACGCAAAUAUGGUAAAAACGCAAAUAUGGGAAAACGGAAAUAUGGGAAAAACGCAAAUAUGGGAAAAGCGCAAAUUUGGGAAAAACGCAAAUAUGGGAAAAACGUAAAUAUCGGAAAACCACAAAUAUGGCCAAAACGCAAAUAUGGAAAAAACGGAAAUAUGGCAAAGACGCAAAUAUGGAAGAAACGCAAAUAUGGCAGAAACGCAAAUAUGGCAGAAACGCAAAUAUGGCUGAAACGCAAAUAUGGGAAAAACGCAAAUAUGGCAAAAAAGCAAAUAUGGCAAAAACGCAAAAAUGGCAGAAACGCAAAUAUGGCAAAAACACAAAUAUGGCAAAAACGCAAAUAUGGCAAAAACGGAAAUAUAAAAAAAACGGAAAUAUGUCAAAUGCGGAAAUAUGCCAAAAACGGAAAUAUGGCAAAACGAAAAUAUGGCAAAAACGUAAAUAUGAAAAAAACGGAAAUAUGGCAAAGAAGCAAAUAUGGCAGAAACGCAAAUAUGGCAGAAACGCAAAUAUGGCAGAAACGCAAAUAUGGCAGAAACGCAAAUAUGGCAGAAACGCAAAUAUGGGAAAAACGCAAAUAUGGCAAAAAAGCAAAUAUGGCAAAACGCAAAUAUGGCAAAAAUGCAAAUAUGGCAAAAACGCAAAUAUGGCAAAAACGCAAAUAUGGCAAAACCGGAAAUAUGGCAAAUCGCAAUAAUGACAAAUCGCAAAAAUGGGAAAAACGCAAAUAUGGGAAAAAAUAUGGAAAAACCGAUAAUAUUGGAAAAACGCAGAUACAGGAAAAACUCAAAUGUGGGAUAAGAUAA